CGGGGGAGGAGGUGUUUGCAUUUCUCCGCAGGACCAGCUCGCUUUGCAGAGCAUUGUCUGGGUAUGAGAAUCACACACAGGCACAGGGACAGGGGCGAGCGCACCGGAGCAUCUCACUCGGGCAGAGCAUCUCAGCCAGCCUGAGCACCCUUUCAGUCCCCUGCCCCUCCCUGAGCACCAACAGCCCCCCUAACAAAAGAGAAAAAAAAAAGAAAAAAACAAAGUUUGCAAAUAUCCCGCCUCCCCCUUUGGUUUUAUUUUAUUUUUUUUUUUGGUUAGGUGGUUGUGGUUUUGUUUUUUAUUUUAUUUUAGCGAUGGCAAAUUCCUUCACGGCCAGGAGCUGGCCCAUCCCCUGAGCAAAGGCAGCUCGGACAUGACCGGCAGGCGAGGGAGGAGGAGGAAUUUGGAUUCCCUUCGGAGGCGCCGACCCCUCCUCCGGCCGGGGGGGAGCGCGGAGCCGGCGGGGCUGGACCGGCCGCUGUCCCCCCGCGGCCCCCGCCCCGCCCCGCACCACGGGGAUGCGGCAUCUCCAGCACCGGGACGGAUCCCUGCUGCAAUGAGAUCUGAGCCUUGAGGUGAGGACCUCGACCAGAAUACCUGCAGAGAGCCUGUGCUUCAGCCCUAAUCACAGUGUUAACGAGAAAAACUUGACUCAAGUUAAUUAGGAGAGAAGAUGGCCUUCACCAGGAAGAUCUGCCUCUUCACUCUCAUAUUGCUUCCCAUGGUUGCAGCAACCCACUCCAACUGCAUCAUUAAAAAGGAGCAAGAGACUUGUCUGGAGAAGAUCCGGAGGGCAGCUGCCCUGAACCCUUUCAAUGACUCUUCUCCGGGUUGCCCAGGAAUGUGGGACAACAUUACAUGCUGGAAACCUGCAAGUGUGGGUGAAAUUGUCUUUGUCAAGUGUCCUGCACUGUUCAGAUUCAUCAUCUCUGAAGAUGGUUGGGAGGUAGAUAAUUUGGGGCAAACCCAUGCAGGUGAUUAUGACCUGCUGGAAAGCACAGCCCAGUCUCCCCUAGGGGACAUCAGCAGGAAUUGCACUGAGGAUGGCUGGUCUGAACCUUUCCCUCAUUACUACGAUGCCUGUGGCUUUGACGAAAAUGAGACAGAGUCCGAUAACCAGGAUUACUACUAUCUGUCUGUGAAGGCUCUGUACACAGUGGGAUACAGCACUUCCCUGGUGUCCCUCACCACUGCCAUGGUCAUCCUGUGUCGUUUCAGGAAGCUUCACUGCACUCGGAAUUUCAUCCACAUGAACCUCUUUGUUUCGUUCAUCCUGCGUGCAAUAUCCGUGUUCAUCAAAGAUGGGGUUCUUUAUGCUGAACAGGAUGGCAACCACUGCUUCAUCUCAACAGUGGAAUGCAAAGCAGUGAUGGUGUUUUUUCACUACUGCGUCAUGUCCAACUACUUCUGGCUUUUCAUUGAGGGGUUGUACCUUUUCACUUUGUUGGUAGAAACCUUUUUCCCAGAGAGGAGAUAUUUCUACUGGUACACAAUCAUUGGCUGGGGUACCCCAACAAUCUGUGUCACUGUCUGGGCAGUGCUGAGGCUUCACUUUGAUGACACUGGCUGCUGGGACAUGAAUGACAACACUGCCUUGUGGUGGGUGAUCAAGGGUCCUGUGGUUGGAUCAAUCAUGAUAAACUUUGUGCUUUUUAUUGGCAUAAUUGUGAUACUUGUGCAGAAACUCCAGUCACCUGAUAUCGGGGGCAAUGAAUCCAGCAUUUACUUCACCCUCCCUCUUCCUCCCAGAUGCAGCUGCAGUCCAUGCCCAGGACACGUGCGCAGCUGCGUUCAGAAAUGCUACUGUAAGCCUAAGAGGGCUAACCAGCACUCUUGCAAGAUGUCAGAACUAUCAACCAUUACCCUGAGGCUGGCUCGCUCCACGCUGCUGCUCAUCCCCUUGUUUGGAAUUCACUACACAGUGUUUGCUUUUUCGCCUGAAAAUGUCAGUAAGAGGGAGAGACUGGUGUUUGAAUUGGGACUGGGAUCCUUCCAGGGUUUUGUUGUUGCUGUUCUCUACUGUUUCUUGAAUGGGGAGGUGCAAUCAGAAAUAAAGAGAAAAUGGAGGAGCUGGAAAGUCAACCGGUAUUUUGCUGUGGAUUUCAAACAUCGCCAUCCUUCUCUAGCGAGCAGCGGAGUGAACGGGGGGACACAACUGUCCAUUCUGAGCAAGAGCAGCUCUCAGAUUCGGAUGUCCAGCAUAAAUGCGGAGAACCUGGCGACAUGAGCAGCUGAGGGAGCAAAUCCGUCAGGAGCAAACCAAAAACCGCCCCUCGAAACAGAAAAAAAAUAUGAAACAAUAGUUUUGGUUGUGGUGGUGUAGGUCUCCUUCUCCUUCUCCUUCUUCUCCUUCUCCUUCUCCUUCUCCUU